GGAUAUACAUUUAUAAAAGAUGCCAGAUUUUAAGAAAAGGCACUGAACUGACAGACUUCCUGGGUUAUCCUGUGUCACGUCUCCCAACGCCAACGUCAUGGGUAUUACUGAGAUCACUCUGAGCUGUGUCAUCAUCAGGUGUUUGAUGUGGUCCUCCACAGCUUGUUUUAUCUGCUGUAAAUGUGGAUCUUUCUCUCCGAAUGACCCAUAUUAUUUCAUAAAUGACACAAGCACCAUGAUUUGUGCACUGGACAAACCGCACCAUUCGGUGAACGCAUCAGAUUUAUUCAUCGUGUUCAAUAAUGUGGAGGUAGAUCCAUCUUACCUCACCAUACUCAACGAAAGUGCGGUGUUGUUUAACAAGCCAAUGAAGUUGGAGGACGACGGGAAGUACUACUGUCACAAGCGAGGCGUUGAGGGGGUUGACGGGUUGAUUGGAGGCCAGAGUGUAAUUGUCGACUACCAAUUAGAACCAAUCAAUGAUAUAGAAUGUAUCUGGCACAACUGGAUUGACAGGCUGGUCUGCAGGUGGACACUUCCGCCAUAUCGCUACAAGUAUUACAUCAAUGUUGAACUGACCAUGUAUAAUGGUGCCCUCAUUUCCUGCCACAACAUGGUGAACAAAACUGAAUGUACAUGGACUCCUGAAGAUGGUUCCCUUGAUAUGUACCAAGGAGAUUUCCAACUGAAGGUGACAAACACAAACCCACACAAAAACAUGACAAAGGUGGGACCAUGGAUAAUGAAAAUACGUGACGAGAACGUAAAACCGCAUGAGGUGAACUCUUUUACUCAAAAUUACACCAAUGAAAGUACCUGCUUACUUCUGACGUGGAAAUACGACCCAAAUAUUACUGACUCAAGAGAGAAACACUACAGAGUUCAGUACGCUGCUGUUGGGGACCCGUCACAGAAAAAUACGUUGUGGAGUGUUAAUGACAAUGUAACCGUCUGUGGCCUAACACCCUACACCUUGUACAAAUUCACCAUUGCCGUCCACCCGGACAGAAAUGCAACGAAGGGCUACUGGAGUGACCCUGUCACAAAAGAAUUCCAAACAGACCAAGAUGUACCAGGAGCAGCCCCAGAGAUGGUUGGAUUCAGACAGCACUCAGAAUCGUGUACCCAGAAAGAAAAGACAACUGCUGGAAUUACUUCAACGAUUUAUUUUAAGUCAAUACCAGAGGUGGAGAGAAAUGGUUUAAUCACAAGUUACAGAGUCAACUAUACUGAUCUAUCUGAUGGAGCAAUUGUUACAAAAGUCAUCGUCAAUAAGAAUACCACUUCUGUUAGCCAUCCACUCCCCUGUAACAAACUAUACAACAUAUCUAUCUCCGCUGCCACUGUCAAAGGAUACUCACCUCACCACUCCAGCCUCAUCAUUAACACUUCAGGUAUGACACCAGCUGAUGUUAUGGUGGAGCGUAAGGACUUGCUGUAUAAUGUAUCGUGGACUGUCCCUGGUCCUGUCGACCUACUCACCAGUUACAGAGUAGUCUACUGCACGAUGUUCGGUUCACAGCAGGAAUGUGCGGGAGAGCUGCAGAAGGUGAUUGUUCCCGAUUCCCGGACACGUCACCAAACUUUGCCGCUGACAUUAGACACGAUGUACCUGUUUGGUGUGUCUAUCGUCAGGGCUGGAGUAGCCAGUGCUGCCAAGUUUGAGAGCUGUAUUUAUGUUUCCACGGAAAGUAAGAAGACCAUAUAACCUCACUACUGUACAGUGCUUUAAUUCGCGUUGUCAUAUUUUCGCGUUUUCAUACCAAGAACUUGUUCGUUGGGUCUUACAUUCGCAUUACAUCGAUUCCGAAAUGGAAUAAAAUUUGUUCAUUAAAUGUGUUGUAAAAUAAGAUGUUGGUAUUAAAUAUGGAAAACAAAA